AUGUCACGCACUCCGAAAACGCCUCGCUGCGUUGGCAGCCCGUCCUUCGCCCCAGAUGAAGUCAUCGAGGAUGCUCCAAGACUCCAGCAAGCCCGCGAGCUGUUGGCAGCAAACGACCUAUACAACGCCAGCCGCGCCCUGCUAAGCCUUCCCGAGAGAGACUCCUUUACGUAUCAUGCCAUGACAAGUGUCAAGCUGGCCGAGGUGCAGCACGUUGUCGGACUGGGCGGCGUCAAUGGUCUGCACGCUUGGUAUCGUGACGAGGAUGGCACAGCUAGGGAGCCGCCGCCGCUACCAGACAUCGAGGCGUACAUCUCCAUCUUCAGUCCCUCAACGGCCACGGCGUCUGCUCUCAAGAACUUUGAGACCAACGCAAAGAAGACGUCGAUCCGGUCCGAGGCCGCGCGGCACUUGGCGGAGAAGCGCUACGUGCACCCGGCAUUGGCCUCACAGCUAACCAUUCCAAAGGCCAAGCAGCCGCCCAGCCAGAACCCGUACUUUGACUUCUGGGCCUGGUCGUGCCGCAAUCUAGAGUGGUGCGGGCCGUGCGCUUCAUCUGAGCGGGUGGCAACGAGCCACCAUGUGCUCCCUAUUUUCAUGCACCACUUUGGCUGUGCAACGCCAUCACACGAGAGCCUGCAAGUGUUGAGACUGCUGGCGGAUGGCCGAGCCGUGGCGGAUAUGGGCUCGGGUAACGGGUACUGGACGUUUCUGCUUCGGCGGUACGGCCUGACGGUCUAUCCGGUGGAUAACAUGCAGAGCGAGUGGAGGGUCAAUUGGGUCGACGACACCGUCAUCAUGGACGGCGUCCAGUGGCUACGAACAGGGUUGUAA